AUGUCCACAUCUGAUGGCCUGCCCAGCUCCAGACAGCCGAUCGCUGUCUCUGGUGGACCUCCACCGGCUUCUUUUGCUGUGGCCGUUAAGAUUCCGGAUUUCUGGCUACAUGAUCCGCAAUCAUGGUUCUUCCACGUCGAAGCACAGUUUGCUCUUCGUGGGAUCACAUUGGACGACACAAAGUACCACUAUGUGGUUUCGGCGCUGGAUCCACCAUCCACCAGGCGCGCAAUGAGCCUGCUUCGCAACCCUCCCGCGGACGGAAAGUACAGCGCGCUCAAACACCUGCUUCUCCGCCGUUACUCCCUGUCUGACGCAGAACGCGCCGAAAAGCUGCUUUCUCUCUCGGGGUUAGGAGAUGGCUCAGCUUUGGAGCUCAUGGAAAGUAUGCUGUCCUUGCUGGGUGACGACGAAGGCGGUUUUCUUUUCAUCCACCUGUUCCUGCGACAACUCCCGGCUCCGGUGCGGAUCGCUCUGGCUAACUCGUCCCUGCUGCGGGAGAAGGAUUUCCGCUCACUGGCUGAAAAAGCUGAUCCCUUUGCCGGCUUCAGCGGUCGAUCAGCCAUCGGUGAUGGCAGCGAUCGCCACCAGGAAACGCCAGAAGCCGGCUCUUUGUGUCUACCAUCAGCGCUUCGGCGUCAGGGCGCGGCGCUGCCUCCCGCCCUGCAGCUUCAAGCCGCCGGGAAACGACCAAGCCGACGCCUGCUAGCAGCCGCGGCCGUUGGCGAUAAGGAGAGGCUGCUCUUUAUUGAGGAUUCGCGAUCGGGGAGACAUUUUCUGGUGGAUUCAGGUUCUCAGAAGAGCCUCGUUCCCCCGGCGGGCCCCGACAGGCUUGCUGAAGGCUGCGGUCCCCAGCUGACCGCCGCUAACGGUUCUCCCAUCAGAACAUUCGGAGAAAGGUUGGUGACUGUCUGUUUCAAUGGACGUGACUUCCAGUGGAACUUUGUAGUAGCAGCGAGCUCUGUCCCCAUCAUAGGGGCUGAUUUCCUCUGUGCUCACGGCCUGCUUGUGGACGUUGCAAACCGGCGUUUAAUUGACGCUGUGUCUUUUUCCUCACUGCCUUGUAUAACGCGAGGAGCUGGGCCAUUAGUACACACUAAUUUUUUAGCUUCAGGGGACGCGUUCCAGCGUUUAUUGUCAGAUUUUCCCUCUCUGACUCUCCCCAAUUUUUCAAACACAGACACAAAGCACGGGAUAGAGCAUUAUAUCCCCACAACUGGCGCUCCAGUGUUUGCGCGCGCGCGCCGCCUUGACGCGGCAAAGCUGGCGGUUGCGCGGGAGGAGUUUGCCAACAUGGAGCGUUUAGGGAUCGUGAGGCGCUCCAACAGCCCCUGGGCGUCACCGUUGCACAUGGUGCCCAAGUCGGACGGCCAGUGGCGGCCUUGUGGGGAUUUCCGUCGUCUAAAUAACGUCACAGAGAAUGACCGUUAUCCUAUCCCCCACAUCCAGGAUUUCUCUGCCCAUCUCUCUGGGGCAUCCAUUUUUUCUAAAGUGGAUUUGGUGCGGGGUUAUCACCAGGUCCCCGUGAGAGCUGAGGACAUCCCUAAAACCGCGGUGAUCACUCCGUUUGGCCUGUUUGAGUUUUUACGCAUGCCAUUCGGCCUUAAAGGUGCAGCUCAAACAUUUCAGCGGUUGAUGGAUUCCGUUCUGCGUGGGUUGUCCUUCGUUUUUGUAUAUUUGGACGACAUCCUUGUGGCCAGCAGCUCGGCCGAACAGCACAUGUCCCACCUACGUCAGGUUUUUCAACGUUUGGCGGCACAUGGCCUGAUUGUCAACCCUGCAAAAUGCCGCUUUACGGUGCGCUCAAACAGAAAAAAGCCACCGACAGCAUCGACUGGGUCCCUGAACGCCUCCAGGCGUUUGGUGGCGCUAAGUCUGCUUUGGCCGAUGCUGCUCUUCUGGCCCACCCUUCCCAGUCAGCUCAGAUCGCUCUGACAACUGAUGCAUCUGACGUGGCUGUGGGGGCGGUUUUGGAGCAGCGUGUCUCUGGUGUUUGGCAGCCGCUUGCCUUUUUCAGCCGUACUUUG